AAAAAAAAUUUUAUAUAAAAAAAAAAAAGAAAUAUAAAAUUUUCUACACGAGCUUUGUCUCUUCCCGUCUCUUCAACUUUGUGAACUUUUUAAUUUCAUAUAUUAUUAUAAUUAUUAACAAAUAAAGAUAAUCUCCCUAAACGAAAUAAAAUCAAAGACCUUCCCUAGAAAAAAAAAAAAAUAAAAAAAAACCCGAGACAUAGAUGCGCGAUAACAAGAGAAGAAACAAAAAAAAAGUGAAAUCUUAAUUUAGCAAAGAAAAAUAAGUAAAUCAAAAAAAAUCAUAACACCUCGCAGUUCUCACAUUAUUAUUCGUCUAAACACACACAAAGCAAAUAAAAUAAAUUAGCCAAAAAAAAAAAAAAUCCAAACUAUGGCCAAGACGUACGAUUAUUUGUUUAAGUUGCUUUUAAUCGGCGAUUCUGGAGUUGGCAAGACCUGCAUUCUAUUUCGAUUUUCCGAGGAUGCCUUCAACACAACAUUUAUCUCGACAAUUGGAAUUGACUUUAAAAUACGAACCAUAGAACUUGAUGGAAAGAAAAUCAAAUUACAAAUAUGGGAUACAGCUGGACAAGAGCGUUUCAGGACUAUUACAACUGCAUACUAUAGAGGCGCAAUGGGUAUAAUGCUUGUGUACGAUAUAACGCAAGAGAAAUCUUUUGAAAAUAUUAAAAACUGGAUAAGGAAUAUUGAGGAAAAUGCAUCAGCAGAUGUGGAGAAAAUGUUACUUGGCAAUAAAUGUGAACUAAAUGAGAAACGACAGGUCUCUAGAGAACGUGGUGAACAAUUAGCUAUAGAGUAUGGUAUUAAAUUCAUGGAAACGUCCGCGAAGAACAGUACAAAUGUCGAAGAGGCAUUCUUAACUCUUGCUAGUGACAUUAAAGCGAAAAUGGAAAAGCGAAUGGAGGCGACUAACCCACCCAAAGGCGGUCAUCAAUUAACUAAAAAUUUCGAGCCAGCAAGAAAAGCGGACAGUUGGUUGUCCAGGUGCAGUUUACUUUGACGUGGUUGUAGAUAUAUUUCUUGUUAAGAUUUUAAUUUAUAUAAACAAAAAAAAAAAAAAAGAUUUUAACAAGAAUAAAUUAUCGAAAAUUAAAAAAAUAAAUUAAAACAAAAAAAAGAAAACAAUUAAAACUUAACAUAAAAGAAAAAAAAAAAAACAAACUCAAACUCAUACAUACAAUAAUAAAAAUUAAAAAAAAAAAAAAAUAAAGAUAAAAACAUAAAAAAAUAACAUAAACAAAGUAUAAGGCCAUUGAAUGGCAAUUAAAAUUUUUCAAUUUAUUUUUGUAUUUCCUUAGGUUUCCUAUAUAUUUACUGUUUAGGUCCGCGUUUAUACAUAAUUAUUAUAUUUAAAUAAUUCGAACUGGCACGCCUUUGUGUGCUAAAAGACUCAUUUGUGUUCUGUCUUCUUGAACUUUUUUUUUUCUUCUUUGUUGCUCCUUUUAUUUGAUAUCUUCUUUUUGUAUGAUGAUGCGAUCGAUGGUUUACUUUUUUUAUAACAUGUUCUUAUAUUCUUAUAAAAUUUUAUAAUAUUUCAAACAGCAAAUAAAUAAUGUUUUCAGAAGAAAAAAACAACUUAAAUUAACUAAUUAAAAAUAAAUAACAAAAAAAAAA